UUAUUUUCCCGCUCAUUUUCAAAGAAAACCCCUUUCAUGGACUAGGGUUCCCACUUCUCUCUACAGAAGAUGAGUGUGAAUCCCCCAAAAUUCGCAUCAAAAUGAGUGCUCCAAUGGAGAUCUCUCUUCUUAACGCCACCGACGCGCCGGACCAAAAAACCACUGACCCCUCGGAUAAAAAAUGCGACGACACCUCCGAGCCGAUCAGCGACGUCUCUGAGACCGCCGCGGCUCCCUUUUCUGUACUCGCUGAAGAUAAAGUUAUCGUCUCAGUUGAAGUCUGCCUGAAGCCCUCGAGUACAGCUCGCAUUCAAGAUGUCCGGUCAGCUGUCGAGAGAAUGCUCGAGAAGAGGAGUUUAAGUUAUGUUGAUGGUCCAAUUCCAGUGCCCCUGGAAGAUUCAUUUCUGGUAGAAAAUGUACAAAGGAUCUGCAUCUGUGACACCGAUGAGUGGUUGGAGAACCAUGAUAUUCUUCUAUUCUGGCAAGUCAAACCUGCUGUACAUGUUUUUCAGCUUAGCGAGGAAGGACCAUGCGAAGAACUUAGCGGGGACGGGCAACUUUCUACAUUUAAUGAGUGGAUUCUUCCUGCCCAAGAAUUUGAUGGCAUGUGGGAGAGCUUGAUAUAUGAAUCCAGUCUCAAGCAGAGGUUGUUGCGGUAUGCAGCAAGUGCUUUGCUCUUUAGUGAAAAGGGUGUUGACCCUUUCCUUAUAUCAUGGAACCGUAUCAUUCUUCUACAUGGACCUCCUGGGACUGGGAAAACAUCUUUAUGCAAGGCGUUAGCCCAAAAACUAUCCAUACGUUUCAGCUCCAGAUACCCGCAGUGCCAACUGGUUGAAGUUAAUGCACAUUCUUUGUUCAGCAAAUGGUUUUCUGAAAGUGGCAAGUUGGUAGCAAAACUGUUCCAAAAAAUUCAAGACAUGGUGGAGGAAGAAAAUAAUCUGGUAUUUGUUUUAAUUGAUGAAGUUGAAAGCCUAGCUGCUGCUAGAAAGGCUGCUUUGUCUGGUUCUGAGCCUUCAGACUCUCUCCGGGUUGUGAAUGCUCUUCUAACCCAGAUGGACAAAUUGAAAUCCUCACCCAAUGUAAUUAUUCUUACAACAUCCAAUAUUACUGCUGCUAUUGAUAUAGCUUUUGUUGAUCGAGCUGAUAUCAAAGCAUACGUUGGACCUCCAACUCUUCAAGCACGCUAUGAAAUACUAAGGUCCUGCUUGCAGGAGCUGUUAAGAACUGGAAUCGUAGCAAAUUUUCAGGAUGGCAAUCAAGCCAUACUUCCAAACUAUGCUAGCUUGAAAGAGAAGUUGAAUAUGCCAACAACACUGGACUCUGAAACCCCACUGUAUCUGUCGAAACAAUUGCUUGAAGCCGCAGAAGCAUGUGAGGGGAUGAGUGGGAGAUCUUUGAGAAAGCUUCCGUUCUUAGCACAUGCGGCUCUUGCCAACCCUUGGAAUUGUGACCCUGGCAGAUUCUUGUCCACAAUGAUCAAUACUGCUAAGAGGGAGCAUUCUGAGCUACCAGACUACAAUCAACACGUGGGUUUUACUGGAUGAUCAUCGAUAAAAUAUUUAUCUUUGGCAUAUGAAGUUCCUUCCGGCCCCAUAUAUUCAAGAUAUUGGUGAGUUAUAUAAUAGUAAUAGUACAGAGAAAGCUUAGAUUAUGGCAUAGCUUCCCCAGCAUUAGUUACUCAAACCUAGUUCUUUAUAACAACCCUUCCAACUUGUACUCCUACCUAGUACUUGUAAUGAAUAUGUUAGCAGAUGUUCAUAUCCAUUGCAGUUAUCACCCAUUAGUUUUGUAAAGACCACAAAUGCACGACAACAUUAUGCUUUUGAUAAUUAUAGUGGGGAAAUGAGGUUUAACUGAUUGUAAGGAAUGGAGAGAAUUGAAUAUUAUGCUUCUGAUAGUCAAGAGCAACAUAGAACAGGGACUGGAGUCUGUACCUCUUACGAAGGCAUA